UUAUUUCUGGGUGCGUAUCUCGGCAGAGAUCGGGUUUUGGGUCAUCAGCAAAAUUGGCUUUCAAAACUUGCUGUUAACCUUAGUUGUUCGCACGCGAACAACUGAAAACAGGGCUAUAUACGAAAUCUGAACUGUUACAUGCAUACUUGUCUUGAGGGGUUGUUUCCUUUUAUGAUUUAUGGAAUGUUUAACGCUAUAAGCUAUCUUGUAAGGGGAUUCGAUUAAGUGUUCAUUCAUUUCUGAAAGGCAUACGUAAAUUAUACCUGUGGCAUUUGCGAAUGAUACAGUGUACUGUGGAAUAACAGUGAACGAAUUUUUCUUUAUUCUGAACAGAAAUUAUGACAUAUAACACGAUGUCUGAAACUAACAGUUCGAACCUAUUUUGGCUAGAAGAAGUUAUCUGGUCCAUAAUUAAUGCGACAAGAGAACUUUAGUACAUGUGCCAACACUUCUGAAGGUCAUUCGUGAUUACACUUGUGAAGUUUGUGAAUAAUAUUGUGUAUGUAACCAAAUUUAAAUGAACCUUAUUUGUUGGUUGUUUUCUUUUCUGGCAGGAAACCUAUAGAAAAUAACGCGAUGUCAGAAACUGACUUUUCAGAACAGAUUAUACUCGAGGAAGUGAGCAGAAAGGAGGUUCUGCGACAGGUUCCACUACUUGUGUACUUAUUAAUAAUUUGCAUCUCUGGCACUAUCGGCAAUAUUCUGGUGUUCUACGUCUACCGGAAGAAAUACGGCCGCUCAAACUGCCGCACGUUCGUUCUCUGCCUGUCCCUGAUCAGUCUAAUCGCCUGUGCAGUCGUGGUUCCCCUUGAAUGCUUCACGUUGUUGCGAGAGCUCAACUUCCAGCGAGCCUGGGUUUGCAAGGCGAACGUCUUCUUAAGUACGUGGCCGACGCUGACGUCCGGAUUGCUGCUGCUAUGUAUAGCGACGGAUAGGUACCGUAAAGUGUGUAGACCAUUGCUGUGGCAGAUUUCGCACAAGGAGUCCUUUCUAAUGUGCGUGUGUUCAGCUGGGAUUGGACUCGCGAUCUCGUGGAUAUCUCCGGUUAUUUACGGAAUUCAGCGUUCGUAUAACAAGCAAUACAACAUCACCGUGUCACAGUGCGUCGAAACGGAGGUUAUGAGGAAAACAGUGUUCCCGCUGAUAAACAACGUGCUUUUCGCCGUUUUAUUCUUCGGUGCGCUGUUUGGGAUAAUUACGCUAUACUGUCUUAUAGUUCGUGGAGUGAGACGCCACAACGCAAGACGCUCGAAUUAUCUGAGAGGUCGGACUACAAGCACCCCUAUCCACAGUGAAUGUGUUAUGAACAUGGCUGAACGGCAGGUUCUGUGUAACAAUGUGACUUCCGAAACCAGUGACGUCAUGAUUUCUGAGUCUGACAACCAGUGUUUGUCCGGUAUGGAAACCAAAUCAAGUUUAAAGCCGGAUACCAAGAGACAUCCACAGGAAUCAAAUAGACAUUUUGUUCUCGGCUCCAUGUUGUCAUUAGCAACGAGACCGAUUUCCUUUCUGUCCAGAACUUUCUCAACGACGACCGUUAACACAACGACGAACGUCAAUGACGUCACAUACAGAUCACGCGAAAAUGGGACCAACGCAAAACAGAAGAAUGCGAAUAGGACGGCAAUAAUUAUGUUUCAAAUUUCUCUGGCGUUUAUCGCAAGUUAUUUACCACUGAUUGUUAUAUUGUUAAUAAGACAAUUUGACACAAAUUUUGUAGAUAAUCUAAGCGAUAUAGGGCGCGCGAUGUACAAGUUCGGUCUGCGUUCGUAUUAUCUUAAUUUCGCAUUAAAUCCUCUGAUUUAUGGUAUGAGAGACAAAAGGUUCAGACAAACUUGUAAGCAGCUCUUGUGCAGGUGUAAACAUAAAUAAAACAACGUCUUUUGUCUAUAUGUGUAUUAUAGUGACUUGUUUUUUACUUGUAUUGGUUGAAAAUGACAUUUCUAAUUUUAAUUUAAAAGACGUUGAAUCGCCCGUUACCAUCGUUAUAAUUUGUGUUUUAGAUAUGUUCUCAAUUGCUGUCUACUUCUUUAUGGUUAUUGGUUCUUACUCAUAAAUAGAAGACCAUGCACUAUAAGUUGGUUUCUCUCUUGUUGUUGCAGCUGUAAUUUUAUAUUGUUUAUAUUUUAACAUACGGUAUGCAUGGUGGAUAACGUGUAUUAAUGUAUAACAAUAACUGUUGACUCUUAUUCAAUUGAAUAAAAGUCAAAAUCAAUUA